GGCCGGGAAAUUUCUACAAACGCCGAAACAGAAAUGCCAUAUCUAGAAGUUGUAACAACAUUAAUAUUCAUCCUAAUCCCGCUCUUGAUCGGAGUAUUCGUUCAGUACAAACUAACACGAAUUCACAAUUUCAUGUUGAAAAUUCUUUUACCAAUCACGAUUGUCGCAGUUAUUCUACUUCUUGUCACAGGAAUCUACUCUAAUUGGUACAUUUUUGAAAUGUUCAACGCUAAAACAUUCCUUCCUGCGAGCCUAUUACCAUUAAGUGGAAAUAUUAUUGCUGGUUUGAUUGCCUUGGUUGCUAGGAUGCCCUGGACACGUGUGAAAACUAUCGCAAUUGAAACAGGUUUGCAAAAUACCGGAAUUGCAAUUUUGGUAAUCAUGUUUGCUUUUCCGCAACCGGAGGGUCUUAUUGCCGUUGUUGUACCAAUUGCUACUAGUAUCAUGACGCAACUUCCGCUUAUUGCUGUAACGAUUCCAUACUUAAUAUACACAAGGUGUUAUUGGAAACGAGAUGAACCCGAGUCUGCUAAAGAAGAAGUAGUUAAAAACAAUUCAAAGUAAUAAGUCUGUGGAAUUGAAGAGCUUUUCUAUGAAGUAUAAAACUAGUAAAUAUGCUGACCCUCGGUUGCUUAGACUUUCUAUGAAGUAUAGAACUAGUAAAUAUGCUGACCUUCGGUUGCUUAGACUUUUAUUAUUAUUAGGGAUUUUUGUGUGUUAUUUUAUGGAAUGUUUGUCUUUUCGUAGUUUUACUCUGAUAACCAUGGGGAUCGGUUUAUCGUCGACUUAUGACUUUUGAGAGUCACUAUGGUAUGUGAUUGUCUUUUUUUCGCCUUAUAAAACAAUACAAUUAUUAUUAUUGUUCGUGUUUUAAACAAAUCUUUAGUAUAAUAUCUCAUUGAUUCAUAAUUAUACUUUCUUCAAAGUUUUCUUUUCUUUUUUUUUACCGUUUAUCAUAUAAAUUAAGGUGUAGCAUGUACCACUAUAGUUAAUAAACAAAAAUUAAAAUCACUUUGUAUAAUA